AGGGCGGAGAAAACCUCUCACUUUUUUUUUUCUCAUCAAGGAGGAGCCUUCAGACACACCGACAUGCACCAAAGUGGAGGCUGAGACACAACUUGGACUGAGUGGAGUAAAAACUCGCAGACAGCCAGUCCCUUGGCGAUGCUUAUCCGACACCACGCUACAUAUUGAUCACCGACCACCAAGGACUGAUCGCCCCGCCAGCAGAGCUCGCAGUGCCGCUGAGGAACCAGAGCAGCGAGCCCCCCUCUCUGAGCUUCAGUAAGAAGACGCAAAAAUGUCAGAGAGGAGAGGUCAGAAGAAGUCCAUCUUUCUGUCCUCAUUAUUGGUGUGUUGUAUGUUUGCUAGUGCGGAGUAUUCCAGCUGUGGAGAGUACGAAUUCUUCAAUCAGACCAGUAACAGUUGCCAGGCCUGCCCUCAGUGCCAGCCAGGACAAGAGCCGCAUAUGACCUGUGGCUACGGUGUGAAGGAUGAGGACUUUGCCUGUGUGUCGUGCCCACAGGGGAAAUAUUCUAAAGGGAAGUAUGAGAUCUGCAGACGGCAUAAAGACUGUGAUGCCCUCUACAAAGCCACUGUUCGCGCAGCGGGAACUCCGGACAGCGACGCUGAGUGUGGACCCUGUUUACCAGGGUAUUACAUGCUGGAAAACAGACCCAGGAACCUCUAUGGGAUGGUUUGCCACUCCUGCCAGAACGCACCACGCAACACCAAAGAAUGCAUGUCAACCAGCGGGCCAAGAGAAAAACCUAUAAUUGACCCUGGCAGCACUACUGUUUUCCCUCAUCCACAUAAAGAUUCCACAGGACAAGGUCACCUAGCAACGGCCCUCAUUAUCGCCAUGUCAACCAUUUUCAUCAUGGCCAUAGCCAUCGUCCUCAUCAUCAUGUUUUACAUCCUGAAGGCUAAACCGAGUGGCCAGGCAUGUUGUUCCGGACAAGUUGUGAAAGCAGUGGAAGCUCAGACCAACAAACAGGAAGACAAGAAAGAUAUCCCUGACAAUGUGGUGAUCUACUCGGAGAAAGAUGAGUUUGACAAAUUGAAAGCGGUUCCUCAGAAGACAGUGAAAAGUGAAAAUGAUGCAUCAUCAGAGAACGAGCAGCUGUUGAGCCGUAGUAUUGACAGCGACGAGGAGGCAGCGUCUGACAAGCAAGGAACAGCCGAGACCAACAACCCCAACCUGUGCCUCGUCAAUCUGGGAAACAAGCCCGACCUCUGCCUGCUCUCUCGGGGCCUUUUGCAGCGAGACCGGGCCUGCAACGGGGCCCCCACCUUCGCAGCGGGACAGGCCAAUAACAUGCCGAGUCCCAACCAUAUCGGCAAUGUCAACCACAUCACCAGCACUAACCACAUCAGCAGUGUGAACGCAAUCAACAACAUCAAUAAAACCCCGGGGAUGCUACAGAGUCGAAGGAAAAAGAUCCUGGAUCUGUAUGGCAGAGCCUGCAAUGUGACAGAGGGCCUGAGCCCCACAGAGCUUCCUUUCGACUGUCUGGAGAAGGCAAGCCGCAUGCUGAGCUCCUCCUACAGCAGUGAGGCGGCCGUGGUGAAGACGUGGAGGCAUCUGGCCGAGAGCUUCGGGCUAAAGCGUGAUGAGAUCGGUGGCAUGAGCGACGGCCUGCAGCUCUUUGAGAGAGUGAGCACUGCAGGCUACAGCAUCCCCGACCUCCUGACCCGCCUGGUACAGAUCGAGAGGCUGGACGCAGUGGAGUCGCUCUGCUCGGACGUGCUGGGCAGCAGUGAGAUGGCGGCGGCUGCCGGACGGCAGGGCAACAGCAGUUUUCACAGCCAGCUGGUCUGUCCAUCCCCAUGCCCAUCUCCAUCCCAGCGCUGCGCCAGUGUCUAAAUAUGUGGUGGAGCAGAGACUUGGAUGCCUUACAGUAUAUAUGGUUGUAGGGACAGAUACUGCUCUGACAAGGAGGACAGCACAUAUACAGUAUACACCUUACCCCAUAUCACAUGAAGAAUGUCAGUGGAAUUUUGUCAGUCCAAUCAGAAUGGCUGUUCAAUAUGAAGAGUCAAAAAUGUGUUCCUUUUUUUCAGGUUGGGCGGGACGUUCAGGGUGACAAAGAUGUUCAUGUAAUAAAGUAAACAAGCCAGGUUAGCUUCCGAGCUAAUGCGUGUUAACUACUGUAGCCGAGGGUAAUAAAAUAACACAGAGGCUCCUUAAUUUAAAGCAGUGUGAACCAAGACGGCCAACAUUUUUAACUCCAAUAUUGAUAACGGCAGUCCAUAACGCCACAGUUUAACGUCUUCCGUUUACCCCUGAAUUCACUUAGAGCAAAAGGGAACUCAAUAAAAUAGCUUACACGACUUGAGGUAGUGGAAUGAUUUCACUCGGAGAGCAGUAUAAACGCAUUGAGCACUCACUCUGACUGA